CAGGCGCAGUUGUGAGCUGGGCGGUGGGGAGGGGGGUGAGUCAAGAUGGCGUUCCCAAAGUAUAAGCCGGCGCCUCUGGCCACUCUUCCCCCAACCCUCGACCCAGCCGAAUACGAUACGUCUCCGGAAACCCGGAGGGCGCAAGCUGAGCGCUUGGCCAUAAGAGCCCGACUUAAACGAGAGUAUCUGCUUCAGUACAACGACCCCAACCGCCGAGGGCUCAUCGAAGAUCCUGCUUUGAUUCGUUGGACGUACGCAAGAUCAGCUAAUAUCUACCCCAAUUUCAGGCCCACUCCCAAAAACUCACUGAUAGGAAUUGUAUGUGGACUGGGGCCCCUUUUCUUCUGGUAUUAUGUUUUGAAAACGAAUAGGGAUAAGAAGGAAAAACUUAAUCAGGAAGGAAAAUUGGAACAACCAUUUCAUGUCACCUAUUAAAUCUGAUGAAUUGUGACAAGUGUUUUCUUGCUUAAAUAAAUCUUGUACUAAAGAUUGGGCGUGGUGGUGCACACCUGUAAUCCUAGCACUGGGGAGGCUGAGACAAGGAGGAUCACUAUGAAUUUGAGGCCAGCCUGGACUACUAGUGACUUCAAGGCCAGGCUGAAUUAUGUAGUGAGACUCUGUUUCAAAACAGAAAACCAAAACAAAAGUAAUAAAUCUAUUAAUCAUUAA